AUGGAGGACGCUGGAAAGCUUCUAGAAGAUGAAGUGGUGGGUGGUGAAGAGUGUGUUGAAAAAAACCAGCUUGAUGAAAAAGAAGCAGGAGACAAACAACAAGAGUCUUAUGAUGUUCAAAGCCCAAAUGAAAUUGGGACAAAGCAAGAAAAACCAAGUAAGGAAGACAAAAGUGAGGAGGAAUCACCUGUGGAUGAGACUCAGGUUAAUGAGAAAGAUACUAAAUCCAUGGACGAUGAUGAUAAGAUUCAUGAAGAUGAAGCUGACCAUGACCAUGAUGCUUUAAUGAAUAUGCAAGAGAAUAACAAUGAAGGAGAUGAAAAACAUCAAGAGCUUGUGACUCCAACCACCCUUGUGAUACAAUCACCUAGCAAAGCUGAGGAUCAUAGUGCAGUGACACUAAAGAAUGAGCUAGAGGACACAAAGAUGGAUGAGGGCUAUGAAUCUGGAACUCCAGAGGAUCAAGAAACAUUCAUGAAAGAGGUGGAAGCCAUUUAUAAGGAGAAAAACUUGGAAUUUAAGCCUCCUAAGUUUUAUGGACAACCGUUGAAUUGUUUAAAGUUAUGGAGGGCUGUUAUCAAAUUGGGUGGAUAUGAACGGGUAACUGCAUCCAAAUGGUGGCGACAAGUAGGAGAAUCUUUUCGUCCACCCAAGACAUGCACAACCGUUUCGUGGACAUUCCGCCAGUUCUAUGAAAAGGCACUUCUUGAAUAUGAAAAGCAUAAGAUCCAAACUGGUGAGGUUGAACUCCCUCUAGCAACCGUAUACCCAGAGGCUCCUAUUGUUGAAAUUGAGACAGUUGGUCAUCAGACACCAGGGUCAGGUAGGGCCCGUAGGGAUGCUGCAGCUCGAGCCAUGCAAGGCUGGCAUGCCCAACGUCUCCUAGGUUUUGGUGAGGAAAAGAAUUCUAACAAUUCACAGAAGCGCGAAAAAAGUCUGAAAAGCAUUGGGUCACUUAAACAAAAAAGACCAAGUGAAGUGCAGCAUCCAGUGAAAGCUGUACGAACCGAAACAUCUAGGCAAGUUGUCACCACGGUUGCCGAUGUGGGCCCCCCUGCUAAUUGGGUGAAAAUAAAUGUGCGAGAAACCAAAGAUUGCUUUGAAGUGUAUGCCCUAGUUCCAGGACUUCUGCGGGAAGAGGUACGAGUCCAGUCUGAUCCAGCUGGACGUCUAGUCAUCACGGGUCAACCCGAGCAACUUGACAACCCGUGGGGCAUUGCUGCUUUCAAAAAGGUGAUUAGCCUACCAUCAAGAAUUGAUCCGCUUCGUACAUCAGAAUUGAUCCGCUUCGUACAUCAGCAAUUGUGA